AGAUUGUAAAAAAAGAUGUGGUUGAUAAGUAAAUAUAUCAGAUCCUUCUUAUCUCCUGCUUGGAAUGGAGAGAAAUGUAAAAUGGUUCUAGUGGUUCGGUCAGAUUUAAGUAUGGGAAAAGGUAAGACUGCUGCGCAGUGUGCUCACGCUGCUCUAGAAUGCUGUCGUCAGAUCAUCAAUAACGAAAAGAGAAAGCCAAUGUUUGAGUAUUGGUUACGAAUUGGACAACCUAAAGUUGUUGUUCAAAUAUCAAGCGAAGAGAAACUAUUAACCUUAGCAGAUAAAGCUCAACGGGCUGGUUUAACUACCGCCAUAAUAAAGGAUGCUGGUAGAACUCAGUUGCAGCCUGGUACAGUUACAGUUGUUGGUAUAGGACCUGGCGCGAAUGAAGUUAUCGAUAGCCUUACAUCAAGAUUAAGAUUAUUAUAAUUAUAUGUAUUGUAUAUAAAUUUAUAUGACUUAAAAGUAAUAUUUGUUAUUAAAAAAUCAAGUUUUUUCUUAAAUAUCAAAAUACAUCAGUCAAUGCAGGAUGAACAAUUCCAUAACAAUAUUUAAAAAUAACAUUAUGAAAGGAGUUAUUAUAAUUUUCUAAUAAAGUUUUAGGAAAAAAUUUGUCUUUGUAUAAAAUGAAAAUUUCAAAAUUAUUAAAAUAGAUAUCCUUUUAAGACAAUACAAGUUCCUUAAAUACUAUAUAGCA